AUGAACGACGAUCUAAGAACAAUAAUUAUGCCGAACAACGAACAUAACGUCCAUGGAGAUCAACCGAGUUCACAAGAGUCACGUGCUUCGUGCAACGAAAAGCUGGAUACAGGGAGUACUCAUAACCUACAAAAACUACGAAAUGAAGAAUCGAACAAAAACGUUGAACACAAUUAUGCCGCCAAAAGUAAUGACCGAACACCCGAGGAUGAAACAGUGUUACCAACCCAGUCCGUAACUACAAGUACUAGUGGUAUAGAUCCGAUGAUAAAGGCACUACUGGAACAAAAUCAAGCAUUGAUAAACGGUUUGUUUAUAAACGAGAGAUAUCGAGAUCGAUCGUCAACAUCGUCGGAAAGUUCGGAAUAUCUUGUUAUGCCAAAUUUUCUCAACACGUUGCCGGAAUUCGAUGGUCGAAGUAAUAGUCAAACCGCGGAAGAUUGGUUGGCAGCAAUCGAAGGUGUCGCUAAACUACAUCGAUGGCCCGACGCGUUCAAAAUUGAAAGUGCGCGCUCGCGAAUGAUCGGACCAGCGAACAAUUGGUUUACCGGUAGGAAAUUUACAAAUUGGGACGAAUUCGUAUUUCAGUUUAAACGUACAUUUGUCGGUUCGAAACUGAAUAUAGUCGAACGUAUGAAAAACAUGCUGAAACGAGUACAAAGUGAAUCGGAAACGGUAGCCGAUUAUUUUCAUCAUAAAGCUAGAUUAUGUCGUGAAUUAGAAUUGCCGUUUGAUGAGACGAAGCAGCAAAUUGUCGCCGGAUUAAGGUCGCGAGACUUAUGUUACUAUUUGUUAGCUCGACAUCACAUUGAUGAAGAUAACUUGUGUUACGAUUUAACGUCGUUUACUCAGAUUAGUGACGCCCGUUCACAGUAUUUUAAAAAAGAUAAGCCACAACGUCCAAAUACCAAUGAAGUAAGUCACGUUACGUCCAGUACAACCAAGUCUCAAAUGCCUACUGCAUCCAAGGACACUAACCGUAAGACAUUUACCAAAUUACCGCCGCGCAAUGACAAAGACGAGCCACUCUGUUUCAACUGCUCUACAUAUGGACAUGUAUCAAGGUACUGCACAAAACCAAAAAAAGCGAAGUGCGAAAAAUGUGGGAAAUAUGGUCAUGAAAAAAACGCUUGUUUUACGAAUACCCAAGUUGUGUCGUUAGUAAGUUCAACACCAAACACAAUCAAUGAAAAGUAUUUUUUUGAUGUUUUAGUUAAUGAAAAACCAGUACGAGCGUACGUAGAUACUGGAAGUCAACUAUGUCUAAUGCGAAAGAGUGACGCUAUAACAAUGGGAUUAUCGAUCGAGUCAAUACCAAAUACAGUUGAAAUCCGAGGCUACGGUGAUGGUAGAUUGGUGCCUAUAGGCGUUGUCACAGUCAAAUUACGAGUGGACUGCGCUACUUCUCAAGUACCAAUUUAUAUCGUUUCAGAUGACGCACAGACCAUAGCACUUAUAGUUGGACAACCAUUCACCGAACAAUCGCAUGUUGUACUAGUCAAACGUGGAGACAUUUUACGUAUAUACGAAGACACUAAAGAAGGCAACGACGUAUUUGAUAUGGAUAUCCCAGAAUUGCCACCAAGAGUAAUUAGUUUGUGGGCAAAACAAACAGAAGUAAUUUCACCGAAGCAUGUUGGAGUGAUUGAGGUACAGUCGGAUAACAAAUCAUUAGAUUUAUUUGUUAACGCACAAAUAAGAGAUGACCGCUGUAUUCCAAGUUGUGUAAUAACUACUGAUGACCAGGGUAAGGCACGAUUGCCUAUUAUCAAUCUUUCAACGUCAGACGUCCAUGUAAAAGAAAAUGAGAGAAUAAGCAGAGCUAUAUUAUGUACGGAGAUUGCAGAAACCCAGUGCGAAAAAUCAGACUUUGAUGUAGAGUCCAUUAAACAUGGUGACCAACUAACAACUGAAGAACAACUGGCAUUACAGACACUCAUAAUCAAAUAUCGAAACUGUUUUGCUACCCAAAUGAGUGAAUUGGGCAAAGUCAAAAGUACUGAAUGUAAUAUAAUAACUGUUACCAACAAACCAGUUACUUUCCGUCCUUAUCGGUUGAGCGAAUCAGAACGAAGAACAGUGAGAGAAAUGGUUGAAGACUUGAAGGGAUGCGGUAUAAUAACAGAUUCCAAUUCCCCAUAUGCAUCUCCGAUCCUAUUGGUCAAAAAGAAAGACGGCGGAAGUAGAUUCUGUGUGGAUUAUCGGGCACUGAACAAAAUAACGGUGAAGGACCGCUAUCCAUUACCUUUGAUAGAAGAACAAAUUGACCGCUUAGCAGGUAUGAAAUUAUAUACUAAUCUAGACAUGUUUUCCGGUUAUUAUCAGAUACCAAUGAGCAAAGACGCCAGGGAGAAGACUUCAUUCAUAACACCGGAUGGUCAAUAUGAAUUCACACGAAUGCCAUUUGGUAUAGCAAACGGACCAUCUGUGUACCAACGCAUGAUCAAUCAAGUUUUGGGACCUCUGCGAUUUACAAUUGCUAUGGUGUUCAUGGACGAUGUUCUGAUUCCUAGUCGCACAGUAGAAGACGGGUUGUACAAUUUAGAAACCGUACUUGAAACUUUUGUUAAUGCUAAUCUUACAUUAAAUCUAAAGAAAUGUAAUUUCCUAUGUACAGAAAUCGAAUACUUGGGAUUUCAGAUUUCAGAAGGCUCAAUAGCACCAAGUAAACGCAAGAUCGAAGCAGUGAUGAACUUUCCCAGACCACGGGAUGUACACAAUGUGCGACAAUACUUAGGCCUGACUGGUUACUUUCGGCGAUAUGUUCAAGGAUAUGCACAAAUUACUAAACCCCUUACGUCAUUACUGCAUAAGGAUACUCCUUGGGAAUGGACUGAGGACCAAGAUGCUGCGUUUGAAAAAUUAAAAUCAAUUCUUACAAAUAAACCUAUAUUAAAACUGUAUGACCCGCUAUCUGAGACGGAAGUACACUGUGAUGCUUCUCAAUUGGGCUUGGGAGCAAUACUUUUGUAA